CAUGUUCCUCGCCCCUGCCACGUCUAAACCGUCAGGUAGUGGGCAUGUCACUACCACCAUUCACGUUACCCCGGCAACCCACCCAGAAGAUACCAAUGUGAGGACUUCAUCACAGAAGUCUCACACCAGCAACCUUAUCAUUCCUCCAUAGGGGAGGGGAUCCCAAUGGCGACUCUCCCACGGACUCAAAAUUUGGGUAAAAAUCCUUGGUCGUCUGCUGGACCGGAGUUUGAACACCUGAACGAGGCUUGGGAGCGUGCUCGAGAUUACCAGGACGAAUGUGCAACCGAAGAAGAUCUCGUUUGCGCGCGCCUAUUGGGGUAUCUGCUCCAAGAGGCUAGCCAUGGGAGAGGUGGUACUCAGCUUGCUAAGGAGAUCAAUCGGUGUGAUGAUAUCGAGUCGCUGCGCGGAUUGGCGCUUUUCUAUCGAAAGCACUUGAUCAUCUGUUGUUAGUACGGGCGACGCGUCGAAGUGCGAUUCAGCCAUUCCGAUCUGAUUUCACCCUUCCAUAGUCAGACACCGGGUAGGACAAAGCGUGGAUUCUGGCCACCCAUCCAGGUCUUCCUCCGAAGACAUGCGACGCGAAGCCGAAGCGUCAAAAUUCGGAGAUUAUCGAAUGAAGGUAUGUCCUUGACGCUCCGUAAAUUCAAUGGUACGACAAUGACUGUUAUGUAACGAGGCGCUCGUUCGUGACGGGCAUAAAUGUGUUCUAACGGGUGCAUUGGACGCGGGGUUGAUACGAAGCAAGACCAUACGGCUAGAUCCUAAUUCCGUUAUCGCUCCAGACCAU